AUGGACAAGAAGCCACCGAUGUCCCCCCCCGUCCCUCCGGGGCGGGUGGGUAGACAAGAAAACGGAUUUUACAAUCCACCCGCAGCUACAACAGUGAAACUCGCGACCCCCCCGGUCCCCGCGGAUAGGGUGGGUAGUACGCAACGCGAGUUUUACGAAGUACCCGACGACACCAAGACUAGGGCUUGCAAAUAUUCGAAACUUUCAGCCCUAACCAAGACCCCUGAACCCGCCUACGGCUACACAGAGCCGUGGAAACCUGACUUCGAUGCCCUCAUCGAAGCCCUCGGACGUCCCUACGCACCAACCCCGCGGGUAGCCCCAGCCCCAGACCGACUUUCCCCUCGCGGGCAACUGGAUCGUGACGGAUCCAAGGUUGACGGCCUGGCGCAAGUCGGUCUCCCUGGGACAGUAGAGACGCCCCCGGAAGACGCCCAACCACAGCGCCACCAGGACGAACACCCGGUCACUCUUCGACCUUCGGCAAUUGAGGAGGAACCGGAGUGCAGCCCGCUCGACAAGCAAGAAGAGGCCUGCGACAUCAUCACCCCACCACCCACGGACCCGCGACUCCGCGCCAGCCCCGGAGACGCCCCGCAGCCCCACAAAGGCCCUUCAAAGGGCCCACAGAAAAAGGACACCGCACCCACAGAGGCCCCCAAGUUGGGAACCUCCGUACCUGCUCCCCCGGACCCCGCGCCAGCACCUGCUCACGCGGACGCCGGCCCCAUCCACGCAACCGUUGCAGCCCCACAGCUGCGCCGGAAAAAACCGCAGAAGCGCGCCGAACGCUCGCGUCGCUGCCACCUAACGGGCACUGCGCCGCUCCACGCGCGCCCCCCGGACACCCGCCGACAGCGCCAGACCCCCCAGGGCAUUGGUGCCAGAAGCCGAAGGAGAAGACGCCGCUGA